AUGCCCCGCUGUUUGUUUCUUGCAUGGAGUCGCCCUCUUUGCACGCUCUUCGCGCCCCCUUGCCCCUCUCUGUCACGCUCUGAACCCCUCCUGGCGUACAGGGCGCAUGACGGGCAGAAGAGGAAGAGUGGAGAGCCGUACAUCAUUCACCCCGUGGAGGUCGCCCGGAUACUGGGGCAACUGGAGAUGGACUGGGAGACGGUGGUGGCGGGGCUGUUGCACGACACAGUGGAGGACACGGACGUGGUGUCCUUCGAGCAGAUCGAGGCCUCCUAUGGGCUGGCUGUACGGCGCAUCGUGGAGGGCGAAACCAAGGUGUCGAAGCUGGGCAAGGUGAAGGAUGGUAGCAAGGCAGACGUGAAGGCAGACGAUCUGCGCCAGAUGUUCCUCGCCAUGACAGAGGAGGUCCGUGUGAUUAUAGUGAAGCUGGCGGACAGGCUACACAACAUGCGCACGCUCACGCACAUGCCGCCUCACAAGCAGAAGUACAUCGCUAUGGAGACCCUCAGCGUCUUCGCUCCCCUCGCCCGCCUGCUCGGCAUGUACCACAUCAAGACGGAGUUAGAGGACCUCUCAUUCCGGUACGCGUACCCUGAGGAGUACCUGGAUGUGUCUGAGCGCAUGCUGCACCUCUGCACGCAGCAACAAACUGCUCUGGAUGAGGCACGUGUAAUGCUAGAGGAAGCAAUGCGGAAGGACAAGUUUUUGGAUCUCAUGACUUCAGGGGCGAGGGUGGAGACUCGGUGCAAGGAACCGUACAGCAUAUUCAAGAAGGUGGUGGAGACUGGUGCCAAGGUGGAGGAGAUUCACGAGAUCUCUCAGAUCCGCGUGGUGCUCUCCAUGGAUGAUGCUGAUGAUCAGCCUGACAGCAGCUCGCGCAACAUUGCGCAGCAGGUGUCCUACCAUGUGUUGGGCCUCGUGCACGCCCUCUGGCGCCCUCUCCCAGGCACUGUGAAGGACUACAUAGCAACGCCCAAGCCGAACGGGUAUCAGAGCCUGCACACCACGGUGCUGCCGCUGGGAGCAUCCUCUCUCUUCCCCGUGGAGGUGCAGAUCCGCACCGACCACAUGGACAAGCUUGCCGAGUGGGGUAUCGCUGCUCACCACACUGGCCGCCACCCCCACCUGCUGCUGCACGGCCAGCAGCAGGAGGGGCAGGCGCAGCAAGGGCAGAAGGGGAAGCAGGAGGGACAGGGGCAGGUGAAGCAGCUAGCUGAUGGGUCGGAGGAUCUAGCUGGGUUGCUUCUCCCAGGCUUGGAUUACUCAACCACAGAUGAUUCUGAGGGGGAUAGCGACAGCUCAGGAAGUGACGACGAGCCGGGCCUUCCUCCUCUUGCCUCUACCAUAAGCAGCAUUGCGGUGUGCGGGGGGGUGACUGAGACACAGAGCAGCUGGAGCAACGACGCUGAUGUGGCGCGGCGGGUGAGCUGGCUGAACUCGAUUCGCGAGUGGCAGGAGGAGUUUGUGGGGUCAAUCAGCGCGCGGGAGUUUGUGGAUACGGUCACGUGCGACCUGUUUGGGUCACGGAUCUUUGUGUUCACGCCCAAGGGGGAGGUGAAGAACCUCCCCAAGGGCGCCACUGUGAUUGACUACGCGUACCACAUCCACACUGACGUGGGCAACCGAAUGGUGGCCGCCAAGGUGAAUGGCAACUUUGUCCCGCCCACGUAUGCCCUGUCCAAUGGGGAGGUCGUUGAGGUCCGCACAUACAAAGGCGGGUCUGGUGGUUCCCGCAAGGGCUUCAAGCAGCGCCAACAGUGGCUGCAGCACGCCAAGACAAGGAGUGCCAGGCACAAACUCACAAAGUAUUUGCGGGAGCAGGGUGCGCUGAAUUCGCAUGAGAUCACGGCAGACAGAAUCAACGAGUUCCUUAUAGACCUGCAAUCCGCUGACGCCCGCACUGCAGCUAGCAGCAGCCGCAGCAGCAGCAGCAGCAGUAGUGGUAGUAGUAGUAGCAGCAGCAACACUGCCACAAGCAGUAGCAGUGGCGGUAGCAGCGGUGGUGGCAGCAGCAGCGUCAUGUCUGGCAAUAACAACGGAUCGGCCACUUUGCCUCUUAUUUCGGAUUCCCUUGUCCCCACCAGCCAACCCACUCAAUCACCCUCCAUACAGUCACCAUCAACAUCACUCCCAUUCGACUUGUCCCCAUCCACCACCCGUUCAGCCUCCCCUCCCCCUCGUUCAUCCACACCAUCCGCCACAACAGCUGUUCCCCAGACUCCCACCAAGGAGAGGCAGGGGCGAUUGGCAGUGGGAGAGGGAGAAGCAGGUACAGGGUCUAGAAAGGGGCGCUCAGGCGAAGUGGGGAGGAGCAUAGAUGGUACCGUGAGCGGGAGAGAGGUGGGAUUAGGAAGGGUUGAACCGGGGGAGGUGGGAUCUGAGACAGGGAUGGCUGGAAGAGGGUAUCCUGCUGGUGAAAGCAGCUCAGAGGGUUUGCGGUUUUCUGACGACGGGGCUGCUGCUGAUGUGGCAUCCGCACGGCUGGCGGCGGGCGAUGCUGACGUGUUGCUGGCUAGUGCUGAUAUGGAGCUGUUGGAAGGCAGGAGCAGAUAUGACGUGGACGGGAGUGGUGGUGCCGGGGUAGGGAGCAGAGAGGAGGGGGUAGAUGAGCUAGUAUCACGGCUAUUAGAGGGGGUGACAGGAGAAGCAAGGCUGGAUGGAAGUGGGGGUGGUGGAGAGGCGAGUGUGGUGGGAAGAGAGAACGGAGAAAGUAACGGUGUGGCUCGUCCACAGGCAGUGGGCUCUUCGCCACAGCCACGUGACAAGACGGGAGGGUCCGCAGCAGCAGCCGCACCAGCAGUAGCAGCAGUAUCGGAGCCAACAGCAGCAGGUCCCCAGGCAAUGGCAGCAGAAGCAGCAAGAGCUGCUGCUGGGGCUGAAAGCAUAUCAUUAGAGCCAUCAGUGGCGUCAGAGAGAGGGAGGGCGUCAGAGGGAGGGGGGGCGUGUGUGGAUGCGUUUGCGGAGUUUGAGGAGUGGCAGACGCAGACCGUUGCCAUGUGGCAGUUCCUGAGUGGCCGCAGAAAGGUGGUGCUGUGGCUGGCAGUGCAGUGCUACGACCGCACAGGGAUGCUGGCGGAAGUUUCCAAGAUAGUGACGGAUUCUGGCCUGCUCAUCUGCACACAUGCGGGGCGCACCAAUCAGGAGGCGGGCACAGGAGUUAUGUUAUUUGAGGUUGACGGAUUGGACCCUCAUUUUGUACGUGCAACGCACACACUCCAUCUGCUUUCCCCACCGCCUCCUCACCAGUAUCUCCACCCUCCCCAACCCACACUCUCUCCCUCUCCUCUUUCAUCAUUAUGCCUUAUCCAUCUCGCUCUCCCCGGCUCAUUGCAUGACCUCUAUUUAUGGUGA